AUGCCACUUUGUACCCCAAAGUCCACUCCAGCUGGCACCGUUAGAAUUUCUGAUAUCAUCCGGGCGUUUCAUGGGUCUAAGCGGGGAGGGCUGCUGUUCCGGUACACUCUAAGACAGGCGAGGAAAAACCCACAAGCCCUUUUUAGAUAUCAUGACGUGGAAGGAAAUCAUGUACUACAUCACUGUGUUCUUAGAAAGGCAGCGGCUGACGUGCAAUCGUUGAUGAAUUAUAUCACAAUUUCGAAGUUUGAGCGGGUUGAAAUCUGCAAUUCAGUGAAUGCACAGGGACAAACUGCCCUGCAUAUAGCAGUGCUAAAUGGGGACUCCACAAUGGUCCAGAUGUUGCUGAAGUUUGGGGUCAAUCCACUAGUUCGGGACAAUAAUGGAUAUACAUGCAUCCAUAACGCAUGCAGACAUCGCGACUACCAAUCUAUGGUCGAUAUAGUUAACAUACUUCUUUCGUGGAAUCCACAGUUGGCGUCUGUAACCUCAGAAAACGGACGGACACCUCUUAUGCUUGCCGUCCAAGAAUGUAACACUGUUUUAACACGAACAAUCUUAUCACAUUUGGUUGCAUUCACAAAGUAUACACCCUUACUUUCAGACGAAGCAACCACACCACGACAAGGUACACCCUCUUUUUUAGAUACAUAUUUCCGCACGAGCAAUCUAACAGAAUACUUUCAAUCUACGACACCAGACAAUCAAACGGUUUUUCACAUUGCAGCCAUUAACCGCAGCACAGAUUUAUUGAAACUUCUCUUAGAUAUUUCUGGCAUUACCGAAUUCACUUAUUCAUCUGAAGGCUACUUGCCCAUCCAUUAUGCUUGCAAAAACGGAGACUCGAACAGCCUCAUGGUACUUCACUCCGUGACUCCGGAGCUACUGGGGAGUUUAGAGCACAGCAGAACCCGAGGAAAGAAAACCUAUCCACUUCAUCUUGUGGCCGCCUCGGGAUAUACGGAGGCGCUACGAUUUGUACUUUGCCACGGCGGAGGUUUUGCAUGCAAUAUCCAGGAUCACAGGAAGAGGACCCCGCUCCACUAUGCAGCACUUCAAGAAGACCCUGCCUCGGUGCAGAUGUUGCUGGAAUUUGGAUGCGACCCUCUAAUGGCAGAUGAUGAAGGGCAAACAGCGAUUGAUAUUGCGCUACAGAGAAAUAGUCAAGGAAGCAUCAGUGCCAUGCGCCAGGUUUUGGAUAAAAACAAUAUUGCGGUUAAGCAGUUGCUUCCUGUGGUCAACACCCUCACUGACAGUCAUCUUUCAGCAAACACAUUGUGA